AUGGCCGCCCUGGCGGGGGCGCAUCAUCCCCAAAGUGCGGGACCGCCGUCUCCGCUGCCCCUGGCCCUCCGCCACCCCUGGGUAUCCAGGCGGUCGGCAGCCUGGUCCCACUGGAGCCGGUGGGACCACAAACUCCCCGGGAACAUCCGUGGCAGGGAGCCACCGCCACCCUCCUCACCAAGCGUCCCCCUCGGCCCUCAGCAGAGCCCGGGGCGCGGCUCGUUGCGCCCCUCAGCGCUGGCCGGGGCAUCUCGCAUCCCCCCCGCUGCUCUCUGCUGCCUGGAGCGUGAUUCUGUUCUGCUCCUUUUGUCACUAGCACGCUUCAAACGAUUUAUGAAAACUUUUGGAGCCGUGCUGCUCUGUGGUGUAUUUAUUGUUCAUCCAGAAGACCCACUUAUAUUUUUAGAAGAAAAGCUCAGAGAAAUAAAGGCAAAGGGAUUAGAUACUAUGACUAAAGAAUUGUGUGACUUUUACAGCAGAAACUUAAUGAAGCUUUAUUUUGGAAGAUGGAUAAAAUAUAAUUUGCUGGAAAGGAAUGAGAAAAGCCAAUGGAAGAUGGCUCUACAAUAGGUCCAUUAUAAUAUCUAAAUAUUAAAAGUUAUUAUACAUAAAUGGAACAUAAGGGUGCAGACCGACAAGUAAAUGAGUUUGGCUCUCUGCAGAAAAUUCACAGACAAAGGUUUACCAUACCUGCACUCUUGCAAAGGCUGUCACAAGAUCAUCUGUUUGGAAAUUCCAGGUUGCAUUCAGGUUUCUGAUGUCUUCAAAAAUAUUGCCAAUGGCUGCAAUUGGAUUCAAGAUUUGCUAAUCAGCCAACUGUUAACUCUUAAAGACUGUAUUUAACCUCUGGUUGAAAAAUAUUGACAGGUAAUGUCUGUUGUCUUUCUUGACUCUCCAAAACUUUCUGACACAACUUUUAGAGCCCUUGCAGAAUGUAAACUUUUGAAGGUCAGCAUUGAAGGGAAUAACCAAAAUGCUGAUUUAAGUUUCAAGCUGAUGAGUAAAUGCUGCCCAUACAUGAGGCACAUUCAUGUGGUCGAUUGCCAGUGGAUUACAGAGGUUGGUAUUAAGAUGAUUUCACCAUUGAAGCAUAUUCUCGUACUGAAUAUGGCAGGCUGCACAAGGAGUACUCUGGUCAACAAAAAUUUGAAAUCUGUGGAUUUGCACAAAGCUGUUGAAAGGGCUGUUCAAGUCACUUUUGAGAGUGACAGCACCAUUUCAAAUGUUGGCUCGAGAGUCCUUGGCUGCCAUGGAAAAAUAUUGGAACUUUCUAUAUCACAAUGCAAAAACUUCAGCGACAAUGGGAUUCAAUUCUGCAAGCACACAGAAUACCUGGAACACUGCCAUGUCUCUUACUGCCCUCAGCUGACAGAUGAAGCUGUGAAAACAAUGGCAUUUCACUGCCACAGACUGACAUCUCUCAACAUAGGAGGUUGCCCAAAGAUUAUUGACACAUGUAUCCAACACUUGGCUGCAGCCCGCCAUUAUCUCCCCUUCUUGGACAUCUCAGGUUGCAUUCAUCUUACUGACAACCUGGAAUAUCUUUAGAAAGGCUGUGAGCAACUCCAGAUUCUCACAACACUGUACUGUAGAAAAAUUACCAAGAAAAUAUUUCCUAACCUUACUUCAGACCAAGCUGUUUGGAAAUACGCAGCUGAACUGGAGAAACAGGAACAUAAUGAUGCUGACCACCCUUCCUGGAUUGGAUAUGACAGGGACGGUAACAUAACCACCUUCACCAAAAAACACAGAUCAGAGCCUGAAAAAACAAAUUCUUCAAAAUGA